UAUAAAAUAAGUUUGUAGAGAGAGAGAGAGAGAGAGAGAGAGAGAGAGAGGGGGAGAUAGAGAGAGGGAGAGCUAGCUAGCCAAACCCUAAUCGAACCCUUGAUUUGAAAGAAGACGUGAAAUCAGAUAGAGAGAGAGAGAGGAGGGAGCUGGUGAUUCUUUGAAGCAAAACCCUAAUCGAAACCCUUGAUUUGAAAUUAAAGGUGAAAUCAGUUCGAUCUGCCUCAUCAGCUUGAUUUGCGGAGAAGACGACCAAAUCUGUAGUUAAAUCUACAGAGAAUUAUUGGUUUGGAAAGGUGUUCGUUGUUGUGCAGAUGGGGAAUCAAUUCUAGGAGUUGAAUCAGCUCCAAAGCACUCACUAAUUAGCUUCAAAACGACGACGUAAUACACACACUCUCAAUUGGGUUUCGGGAAGAGAUGGCGGAUUCAAGAAUCUGACAGAGAAGAAAUUAAAGGCAUCGAAUUUUGGCACGAACAAGGUAACUGGUGAAGAACAAGACAAAAGAGGAAUUCUGUGAAAAAAGCCCUAAUUUGAAUAAGAAGAAGAUGGACAGUCAUUCGCUUCCACCGCCAUUUAACACGAGGGACUUCAAUCUGCAGCAUCAAUUCCACUCGGAAGACGAGCAGAGCGAAACCACCGGACUCAACAUGGUCCCAAAGCUCAACCUGGACGACGGCAGCGGCCACCCCGAUUCCGCCACAAAGGACGGCAGCGGAGCAUCCGCCGACGGAGAAAUGUCCGUCAACAGACGGCCGAGGGGCCGCCCUGCCGGUUCCAAGAACAAACCCAAGCCGCCGAUCAUCAUCACGCGGGACAGCGCUAACGCCCUCCGUACUCACGUCAUGGAGAUCGCCGACGGCGGGGACAUCAUGGAGAGCGUCGCCAGCUUCGCCCGGAGCCGCCAGAGAGGCGUCUGCGUUAUGAGCGGCAAUGGAAAUGUCACCAAUGUAACACUACGCCAGCCAGCCUCCGCCGGCGCAGUCCUCACGUUGCACGGCCGGUUCGAGAUCCUUUCCCUGGCGGGGUCCUUCCUCCCACCGCCGGCUCCGCCAGCUGCAACGGGCCUCACAAUAUACCUGGCCGGCGGUCAGGGCCAGGUGGUCGGCGGCAGCGUGGUAGGGCAGCUAAUUGCCGCCGGACCCGUGAUGAUAAUGGCGGCGUCGUUCAGCAACGCUGCGUAUGAGAGAUUGCCCCUGGAAGAGGACGACAAUGGAAUGCAAGUUCCGGGGAACUCACUCGAUCCUUCCAUGGUCGGCGGCGGGCAACCGCCGGUAAUGGGAGACCCUUCCAUGUUUCAAGGGAUGCCCCCAAAUUUGGUCAAUUCCAUCCAGAUGCAAAACGACGCGUUUUGGGCCACCGGCAGGCCGCCAUUCUAACUUCAAUUUGGCUUCUGCAGGAAUCCAUGGCAGGUAACGAACCCCACCCCAACCCCUCUUCCAUUUCUUUCUCUCUACUGCUGUCUUAAUUAGUUUAAUUUUCCAUUAGUUGUUUUUGCUAUUAUGUAUUUGCAAGAUGAUGAUGAUGAUCAAGAACUCGCGCUUUUCUACAAUUUCCCUGUUAAGUGAGACCAUGUUUUGGGAUUUUUAUUUGUUAAUUUGGAUUGAUCUCAUGACUUCUUUUUUGCUGCU